CAAUGUUCCUGUUUUUUUUUCCUGGCCCUUACAUCUUUAUGUGAAAAAUUCUGGAUUUUAUUAGCCCUCAUUCAGCAUUAUCUUAUUGCUAGAGCACUGUUGCAUUUCAUUGCCUGUGGUUUUUAAUAAUUUUAAAUUUACAGUUAAACAUUCAUUCACGUAAAAAGCUUUGGUAUUGUGCUUCUAAGCAAGAUUUUCAAAGUGACAUUUAUGGUUUGUUGUAUGGUUAACGCAGUGAAGGUGAAAGCUGAGCACAUUGUCUGCGAGAAUGAUGAAUGCAGCGAAUAUUUGGAGAAUGGCUACAUGGAAGCUGAGUCUUCUGACUGCUCCAGGCAUGCCAAGGAAGAGAGUGAACACAAUGCAAGCACGGAGCAGGCCACGCCCAUCAAACCUAGCAGGGUUUCUCCCCCUGCAAGGUGUGGCGCCAAAUGCGGCAGAAAGUUUGUGAGCUUCAGCUGCAAUCUGUGUCCUUUUGUCACAAGAUGGAAAGCAGCCAUGGGAGCUCACUUUCACUACAAGCACAAGCGAGUUGCAUGUUUGUUGCAAGCUGCCCGAAGCCAGACAAAUGAAUGUUCCAAGACUCAGAACAACUCUGUUAGAAAUGAAGCGGCAAACAAAGAUGUGGAUACCAGUCCAUGUGUGACAGCUGCUCCAGGCCAGACACAGGAACAAAGAAAGGGCCAAUGCAACUCAAAUGAAAGCAGAACGGCUGUGGACCCUGAACCAUCAACACAAACAGCACCAAGUCAGAGACACGAAGGAAGUGUAAGCGAUGAGGGUCCUGAAUCACUCAAGUCUGUAUGUGACUGCAAUGAAGUGUUUGUGUCCAUGCACAAAGACGAGGGCACGAAGUUGCCUCAAUCUGCGGAAUACGGCCUCAAGACACUUGUGCUUCCCACAGACUCUACUGCCGUCAAAGAACCACUGCAACUGAAGUGCGUGAGUGAAACCAGAACAGUUGUGGACCCUGAAUCAUCUACACAAACAGCACCACACCAGAGACACGAAGGAAGUGUAAGCGAUGAGGAUCCUGAAUCGCUCAAGUCUGUAUGUGACAUCAAUGAAGUGCGUGUGUCCAUGCACAAAGAUGAGGACACAAAGUUGUCUCAAUCUGCAGAAAACAACUUCAAGAUGCUUGUGCUUCCAAUGGACUCUGCUGCUGUUAAAGAACCGCUGCAACUGAAGUGUGUGAGUGAAAACAGAACAGUUUUGGACCCUGGGCCAUCGACACAAACAGCGCCAAGCCAGAGGCAUGAAAUAAGUGUAAGCGAUUUGGAUCCUGAAUCGCUCAAGUCUGUAUGUGACAACAAUGAAGUGUCUGUGUCCAUGCACAAAGAUGAGGACGCGAAGUUGUCUCAAUCUGCAGAAAACAACUUCAAGACACUUGUGCUUCCAAUGGACUCUGCUGCUGUUAAAGAGCCAGUGCGACUGAAGUGCCAGGUGUGCCCAUUUGUGACCCAGUACCAGGCCAAACUUUUUUUGCACAUCAAAGAGCAUGCAAGUGAGACAUCUUUUUUUUUAUUUCUGAUUGCUUUGAGAUUUCUUGAUUUUAGGUGCUAAGGUAUGGCAAAAGUGGUUACAGGCACACACACUAGAAGAAAGCAGACUUUUCUGAGGUGCUAGCUUGGUCUUAAUGAGACAGCUCAUGAAUCUAUUCAGAGUUGGUACAAUUAAAGUGAUUUGGCAUUUACAAUAAAGUAUGUUUACAUUUUUGUCGACUAGAGAUGUAUUUUAUCAAUCUUGUAAAUGUUAAACCACAGAGCUGGUCAUGAGUUCUUUCUGUGCAUGACACCAGUUUUUGAUAUGAACUCAAUAGUGACAAGCUUUAGCCAUCGUAUUGCAGCUUGCAUAAAAUUCCUGGACAUAAGGUGAGUGAUGCUACACUAUAGUGUGUAGCUUUCAGGCAUCUUUGCUACUGCUAAACGCAUAGGU